CCCACCCGUGGACGGUUGUAAGCCGGCCGUCGAUGGAAGUUCGCGAUCCAUUACUUUUAACCUCACUCAGCAGUAGUUAAAUCCUAGAGCCUUCACUUGCAAUCAUCUUUCGUUCCUUCUCGCCCACCACUCCAAAAAGAAAACUACGAGGUCUGUCCCCCCCCAGUGCCCCCCUCCCUCCCCACCAUGAGACUCCCCUACGUCCCCAACCCGCCGCCCACCAGCUCUCCCGAGCACGCCGCCAUCGUCGCCCGCAUCGAGGCCCGGCGCGCCCCGCGGCCCCUCCAGUCCCUCGACCUCGCGCUGCUGCACUCGCCCGCCGUGGCCGACGGCUGGAACACCUUCCUCGGCGCCAUCCGCACCCAGACGUCCCUCACCCCGGACGUCCGCGAGCUCGCCAUCUCCCGCGUCGCCGUCUGCAACCGCGCCUGGUACGAGUGGAAGCACCAUGCGCCCCUCGCGGCACAGGCAGGCGUCAGUGCCGCGGCCCUCGAUGUCGUCAAGCAGGAUGUCCUCGACCCGGAGCGGCGGCCGGCGGACCUGCUGAGCGAGAAGCAGUGGGCCGUGUUGCUGUACACCGAUGAGAUGACGAGGAAUGUCCACGUCAAGGACGAGAUAUUUGCGAGGGUCAAGGAGCUGUUCAAUGACCAGGAAGUUGUCGAAAUUACAGCGACGAUUGCAACAUACAACUGCGUGAGUCGCUUCCUUGUGGCACUGGACGUCGGCGAGAGGAACGGCACCGGACCAGACGACGUGUCUACCCACUGAGAACCCAAACCUCCUCUUCAAUUACCAGUGGUGCCGUGCAGACGGACGUCUCGAAUAUCGUGAAGGGUGUGCAAACAACGAGCGACAAAGUAAAAGCCCAGUGCAGCUGAGAAACAUGCACCAGAAAGAAGACUAAACCAGCCCAAAGAGCUUGCCUCGCCUCGAAACAAAAGGGGGGUAUCCUAUCUAAGUGAAGUGACCAAACGCCGGGGCUUCCCGCAAUGCAGCGCUCCUCGUGAUUCAACAAUGCUUGGCUAAAAUGUUUCUUCAUACGUGUCGUGUCGUCCGUGGGCUGUGGCCGUUGACGUGGUGCUGUCGAUCGAUAUCCUCAAUGCUCUGUUUCGUUGCUUCAUAAUCGUUAUGAGUCGAACCGAGGUAGAAUGACGUGUGGAACUGGGGCGCCGGUGUCAUGGAGGC